AUGUAUUGGUCUCUCUUCCUUCUACCUGUCGCCCUGGUUGUCUACCUCGCCUUCAGGCCCAACACCAAGGACAACCUCCCAGACGGUCCAGGGGUGCUGCUUGCUGAGAAAGACCGCCGAAGUAAACUUCACAUCUAUCUUGCACCAUGCGCAAAAACAUACGGAGACUUCUUCUCCUACAAGAUGGGUCGCUCUACCGCAAUUGUGCUCAGCAGUGUCCAGGCCAUUGAGGAACUAUUGGUCAAGAAGGGCCACAUUUACAGCUCACGGCCGACGAGUUCUCCCCAAGCAGACAUCAUCACCGGAAAGGCAAGGAUUGUGAAUAUGCCGUACGGGGAAGAGUUUAGGAAACACCGCAAAAUCAUCCAUACGCUGCUCGGAAUACAGAAUGCAAAGAUCUUUCUCCCUUAUCAGGAGUACGAAUCUCGACAAACGUUGAGAAACCUGUUGGACGCUCCGGGCCUGUUCUACUCGGAAAUGUCGCGAUACUCUGCCAGUGUGACGUUCUCGCUUUUAGUUGGCGCCCGAUUUGACCGCUCAGACGCUUUUCUUCCAACGACGAUUGGCAAAAUGAUGCAGAAAUUCUUUAACAACAUCACCCCGGGGGUCUGGCUUGUCGACCGUUACCCUUUCCUAAACUAUCUUCCUGGACCGCUUGCUCCCUGGAGGUCUCAGGCAUACUCCGUCCAUCUCGAGAUGCGCAAUUUCUGGAGUGUCUUCCUCCAUUCUAUCGAACAGCGAGUGAAGGAUGGUACCGCGCCGGACUGCUUUCUGAGCAGAUUUAUUCAGAACCCCGAGUCAGAGCAUCUCAGCGAGAUUGAACGGAUCAGUGUGACGGCGGAAUUGCUCACGGCGGGCACGGAGACGACCGCGACGGCGCUGCAGUGGUUUUUCAAGGCGUGCGCGAAACACCCGGGAUGGAUCCGAGAAGCCCAGAAGGAGCUGGAUACCGUAGUUGGGAGAGAGAGACUGCCGGAUUUCUCUGACCGCGGAAAUCUGCCAUACAUCACCGCCGUGGUUUCAGAACUCCAUCGAUGGGCAUCCGCAACACCAUUGGCAUUCUUCCACGCCACCUCUCACAGCGACACAUACCGCGGCUCGACAAUUCCCAAAUCCACAAUGGUAAUUCCGAACACGUACGCCGUGCAUUACUCGGACGAGUACUUUCCGAAUCCCUCAGCCUUUCUUCCUGGCCGGUGGCUACCGCGCGACGAUCCACGGCACGUCCUCAACGGUGCAAAGACGCCCAAUCACCUCGCAUUCGGAGUGGGUAGAAGAGAAUGUCCCGGCAGGCAUGUCGCGGACUCGAGUCUAUUCAUUGUUAUCAGCCGAAUCUUGUGGGCUUUUGAUAUUGACCGCGGUGACAACCCAGCCCCGAGUGACGAAACAGUGGGAGCGUUUCCCGUCUUGGGUCCCGCGCCCUUCAAAUGCAGAAUCACGCCCCGGUCGGAAGACGUCGCGAAAAAGGUCCGCCUCUUCGCCGACCACAUUGACACGGGCCUGCACGUCGAGGAUGGGAGUAUCUACGACGCGAGCGUGCAGGCGGUGUUGGCCAAAGCGAAAUCUUGA